CUAAUAUCGAUUUUCUAGUGUAAGAAUUGUUCAUUUUUCUCAACACAGUUAGAUGAGGCCUAAAAUCCAACUUAGGGUUGUGAGAGAUCAAAUAGAAUAUUUAGAGGACUAUCUACACAAAACUGAGCCAGCUGUUGGAAUUUUAAAGGAUGCGAUAUCACAAAGCAAAGCGUGGCUAGAAGAUGAGAACUUUCCAACAAGUUACACAGAAAUAUCUCAUCAACUUGAAAUGGCUACGUCAGUUGUUUUGGAGCAUAAGUCAAAUAUUUUAAGCCAUGAAAGGGAAGAGACAUAUGACGAACAAAGCAAAUCAACAACCAAGGCAGAAACACAGGGCACUGAGAAACACUUUCCUUCAAUGAACGAGUUCGAAAAACAAGUUCAACAAAGCACAGCUGAUUUAAGUGACAAACUAGAGCAGAGAGUAGAACGUCUUGAAACAACGCUAACUUUUCUAAAAGUUGGAAUAAAAAAAACUGAAGAUGAUGUGACCGAAAUAAAACAAUGGAGCGAAACGUAUACAACAGAACAAAUUGAAAUAAGGAAACAAAUAGAACACUUGGCUAUAAAACAAAAACAUGCAAUGCAUAAAGCAAAUUAA